AUGUCUGUUGAGCACACUCGCGAUUGGUCCACCCUGCUGCCCGCUGAGAAACCGGAUGGACCAGUUGACCAGGCAUUUCAGCUGCCAGUCAUUGAGUGUUCCACGCUGUACCGGUUUCCCUGUGCUCUGAAACAUCCAUCUGAAUAUGAAACUUGGCGCAAUGAGAUCUAUCACACGCUCAAGAUCCACAACCUUCAUCGGCUCAUUGACUCUAGCAUUGAGCGCCCCUACAAGGACUCGCCCAAUGCUAGAAACUGGCAACAGAUGUCGAUAGAGGUCCGCAACUGGAUAGCGUGGAACAUGAAUCCAAUCCUUGUGCGCAUGAUUGUGAACGAACAACCCCGAGCUGAACUUGCAGACGAGUUCAUGGCGGGUGCAGAUGCAAUUAUUCGGCAGUCCACUUCCCAAAACCCCGAAGAAGUCGGCGAUGUUAUUUUCAAGUUUAUCGGGUGCAAGCGCACCCGAUUUGACAGUGCCCGGUGGUUCGUUCACCGUCUUAUGGAGUAUUACACCCACACCUUGAAUAUGAAAUUGAGAAUUCCGCCAUUCGUCCCCCUGUUGAUUUUGUUGUCAGAAAUUGAGGAUGAUGUGGGAACGGACUUUGUCAAUCUCAGAUAUGACCGAUUGGAGGAGAUGAACAACAUUGCCGUGGACGUUACCAGAGCAUACUUUGAGGACGUUUACCUCGACGUGUUGGAGUACCUCGAUUCGAUGGAUCAACCAAGCCGUUUGACUGAAGUAGUGUGA